UCUUUGAAUAGAACUAAAAUGCAGUUUUUAAUCAAAUGUAUUCUGUUCUUUGGCGUUUAUAUAAUAUUAACCAAUGGUCGACCAUCACAUUUUCAAGAAGAAGACAGCGAAAUAGGAGUUGAAUAUGAAGGCGAUGAGUCGGCUGAUGACGAAUAUGUUCCCGAAGAGGGGCCUGCAGCGGAUGAGGUUCUCCGAAACGUGAAUAGUCAUGGUGACAUUAUACAGGAAUCACAAAAUCAAGAAUUGGCUCAGGAUGCAGACAUUAACAAAGAAGAAUCUGAAAAAUUUGUAGAAACUAAAUCGAGUGUCAGAAAAGAAGGAGAUAAACCACAAGACUUGAGUUAUCGCGGGGAAAGGGAGAGUUUCUCUUAUAUAAAAAACCACCCGAACUAUAUAUUUGGUCCCAAAAAUCCAGCAGAAACUGAAAAUUCACAACCCAGUCGCAUUGAUGACCAAAAUAGUCGCGUAGAAUGUAGAAACGUGGAUGAAAGGUCGACACAUUUGGGCACAGACUAUUCGGGAGAAUUAUUAUUUAAAAAAAUCAACGAUCAGUUUCAAAAGGAUAACAAUGGUUAUAGAGUAGACGAAAAUGAUAAAUCUAAUUUAAAAAAACAGUAUGGUAACAACAUGCCCGUAGAAAAAAAGGCGGCGAACAAUUAUGACUAUUUUAUAUAUUCUGACAGAAAUCGUCGACAAGUUCAAGGUUUUGAGGAAAAACCAAUAACUGAAUUAAAAAGUAUUAAAAAUGAAAACAACAAUUUAGAUGUAGCAAACGAGAAUACUAUAUUAAAAAAUAUCAAAAAACUUUCUGAUCAAGAUUUAGAAAAUCUAAUGAAUUCUCUUCCAGAAGAUAAAAAAGCACUUUUAAGAAAAAUUAUGGAUAAAAGAGAAAUAACAAAAAAAGCGGGUGCAGUAGAAGAUAACAACUAUUUUGAUCAAUCUGAUACAAGUAAAAUAGAAGGAAGUUACUCAGUUUCUUCUCUGUCGUCUAAUUCUGGCACUACUGAGAGCAACAAAAACGUCGACAAUGGUGAGGUAUUGAAUAUAAAAGCUUCGGACACUGACAAUGAAACAGGAAAAUUAGGAAGUAAAUCUGGAGAAAUGGGCGAUACUAGUACAACAGAAGAGCAAUUAGAAAAUACUGAUUCAGCCUUGAAAAACGAAGUAAACUUGAACUGUAACACAAAAGAAACUGUAAAAACUGAUAAUAAAAGAGAAAUUAAUCGAAAAGAUUUAACGAAUAAAAAUAUUCCUUUCGAUGAUUCUUUAGUCUUAGAUACUAAAAAUUCAAAUGAUUCUCCAAUAGAUAAGGAAAGCUCUGAAGAUGAAGAUUGGUUAGAACCUAAAAGUGAAGAAUUUAAUACCGAGCAAAGAGUUGUUUCCCAAAGUGAUCCUUCUGACAUAUCUGCUUCUGUUGAAAAACUAGAAGAUUCAUUUCCGAAUGCUAAUACAUAUGGAGAUAUAGAAUCAGGGUUAGAACCUCUAGUAAGAAUUAAAAGAAAAGAAUUACAUCACAGAGUAAAAAAACGAGAUCUUCCAUUUAUUACGAACGAUAAUUUGUCUUUUAUUACUGAUUUUGAAAGUGAUGAGUCUGUAAAUGAUGAAAGAAAUGAAUUUAACCAUAAAGAUUCCUUCUACGGCCAAUCUGACUUCGUCGGAAAUGACAUUGAAGGCGUGAAUUAUAAUGUAAUGAACAAUAAGAAAAAAAGAAAUAAGCGAUCUUUAAGUUCCAACGCUAUUAUUAAUACUGUCAAUAAUACAGUAAAUUUCAACUUGUCUAGAAGUAGUCGUACAACAGGUCCUCUAUUUCACGAAAAUAGCUCGAUGUCAGACAAUCGUAUCGAUAAAACUGAACACCAAAUGGAUGAUGAAACAUUUGGAUCUUUCACAGAUAAUUCUGAAAAAGAUAUCAAUCGGUACAAAAGAGUAAAAAAAUAAUGAAAACAUAUGUUUGUAUUAAUAUAUUGUUAGAUUUUGAUAUGAUUUAUAAGCAUGUUGAAGAUUAUAGAAUAGUUUUGUUUUUGUUUAUAUGUGAUUGAUAAAAUAGCUUUUAAAAAGGUGG